GAAAAAAGGAAUGAUAGAGUUCCAUUUGCAGAAAUAGUCUCAUAACAGCGACAUAACCUCCACUCGUCAUCCCCACACCCAAUCAGCUCCCAACAACUUUUCCCUGCCCAUUUCGCCCACUUUUCCUCUUUCUAGAUCAAACAAAAAGAGGAAUAUAAUCACAGCUUCACAUCUUUGGGAAGAAAAAAAAAACCCAUAAUUCAACUUUCAAAACCGAGAAGGGUCAAAUCAAACUCAACACAAAAAGCCAUAAUGAAUCCAUAUUGAUUAUUCAAUUACUAUUCGCAACUUCCCAACUAGUAAUAAUAAAUAAGUAACCAUUAACUAAUUAACCAAUCGUCAGGGUCAGACUCAGACUCAGAGUUACAUUUUCUCUCUAUCGCUCCCGCAAUGCCGAACAAACCGCUUCUCUGCUUCUCCGUUCUCCUCGCGUUUCUCGCCGUUGCCGGAGGUGACUCCGGCGAAGCCGCCGAACUCGACUACUCCAAGCUUUCCGGUAUUAUAAUCCCAGGCUUCGCGUCUACUCAGCUUCGAGCAUGGUCUAUUCUGGAUUGUCCUUACUCUCCGCUCGAUUUCAAUCCUCUCGAUUUGGUUUGGCUCGACACUACGAAACUUCUUUCAGCUGUGAAUUGCUGGCUUAAGUGCAUGUUGCUGGAUCCUUACAACCAGACAGAUCAUCCUGAUUGUAAGUCACGUCCUGAUAGUGGUCUUUCGGGAAUUACUGAACUCGAUCCAGGUUAUAUAACAGGACCUCUUUCUUCUAUAUGGAAAGAAUGGAUUAAGUGGUGUAUUGAAUUUGGCAUAGAAGCUAAUGCAAUAAUGGCUGUUCCUUACGAUUGGAGACUUUCACCCUCCAUACUUGAAGAACGAGAUAUUUACUUUCAUAAGCUUAAAUUGACAUUUGAGACCGCUUUCAAACUUCGAGGGGGCCCAUCUUUAGUUUUUGCCCAUUCAUUGGGUAAUAAUGUUUUUCGUUAUUUCUUAGAGUGGUUGAAGCUAGAAAUUGCCCCAAAACAUUAUAACGAAUGGCUGGAUCAACAUAUUCAUGCCUAUUUUGCUGUUGGAGCUCCCCUUCUGGGUGCAACUGAAACCAUUGAAGCAACACUUUCUGGAUUCACAUUUGGUCUUCCAGUAUCUGAGGGAACAGCUCGGUUGAUGUUCAACUCCUUUUCUUCGUCAUUGUGGAUGUUGCCUUUUUCCAAGUACUGUAGAACAAAUAAUAAGUAUUGGAAGCAUUUUUCUGGAGGACGGCAGGUAGGUAACCAUACAUAUCAUUGUGAUGAGGAGGAGUUUAAGUCAAACUUUUCUGGAUGGCCAACAAAGAUAAUCAACAUUGAAAUUCCUUCUAGCCGUGGAUUUGAUGCAUAUCCCACGUUUUCAGAAAUACCUGGGACCAACUUGUCCGGAAUGGAAUGUGGACUGCCUAUUCAAUUAUCUUUCUCAGCUCGUGAAAUAGCGGAUGGCUCCUUUUUCAAGGCAAUUGAAGAUUAUGACCCAGACAUCAAGAGGCUCUUGUACCAGUUAGAGAAAUCAUACCUUGGUGAUCCUGUUCUUAAUCCACUUACACCUUGGGACCGGCCACCGUUAAAAAAUGUCUUCUGUAUAUAUGGCAGUAAUUCAAAGACAAAGGUUGGUUACUACUUUGCCCCUAGCGGUAAGCCGUACCCAGAUAACUGGAUCAUUACAGAUGUCGUUUAUGAGUAUGAAGGAUCUCUAGUCUCAAGGUCAGGGAAUCUGGUUGAAGGGAACCCUGGAGCUAUAAGUGGUGAUGAGACGGUUCCAUACAACUCCCUUUCCUGGUGCAAAAACUGGCUGGGUCCCAAGGUGAACAUCACAAGAGCUCCUCAGUCAGAGCACGAUGGCUCAGAUGUACAGAUUGAUUUGAAUGUGGAACAUCACUAUGGUGAAGAUAUUGUUCCAAACAUGACUAGAUUUCCUAGGGUUAAGUACAUAACAUAUUAUGAAGAUUCUGAAAGUCUUCCGGGAAAGAGGACAGCAGUUUGGGAACUUGAUAAAGCAAAUCACAGGAACAUUGUUAGAUCAUCAGUGUUAAUGAGGGAAUUAUGGCUUGAGAUGUGGCGUGAUAUCCAUCCUGAGGCAAGAUCAGAGUUUGUCACAAAAGCUAAGCGUGGACCUCUAAGAAAUGAGGACUGCUAUUGGGAUUAUGGGAAAGCUCGCUGUGCAUGGCCAGAGUAUUGUGAAUACAGAUAUGUUUUUGGUGAUGUUCACUUGGGACAAAGCUGCAGGUUGAAAUAUACUUCAGCUGAUUUGUUGUUGCACUAUUUGUAAAUAAGAAGGGCAAAGCCUUGGUGCAACAGUAUGGUCGAUGCCUUGUGGGUUGAAGGUCACGGGGGUCAAAACUUAGAAAUAUCCCCCCUCUUGCGGGGUAAGACUUGCAUGUAUCUACUUCACCUGUGAGGGUAAGACUGUAUAUAUCUAUCCUCUCCAGCCUCCACCUGUUGGGAGCGUUGUACAACGGGCGGGCCUAUGCACAGUUAUAUGACCGUUACAAAUUGCUCUGUUUCUGCAACUUAAAAGCUUCCAUUAUUUGGUCCUUGGUGGUCAUUCCCUCCUGUCAGGCCAUUCUCUUGACAAAUCUUUAUUAUUUCUGUUACCAAUUUGCUUGAACAUAGAUUUAACUUGUAUAAAUGCAUGUUUAGCUUCCCUGAGUUGCUUUUUUACAUUAAUAUGCAACAUGAUUAAAGAAAUUAACUAUUAAUUAUUGUUGCCAAAUUGUGAAGGCAACAUUUAUAUUAAGAUAUAUGCUUUGUUUAAGAGUUUGUUAUUUUUCUGUUAAUAAUACACUGCUUGUAAUUCGCAUAGUAUAUCUGAUAAUGUAAAACUAUAUCAGAAAAAAACACUUUACUCUGCAUGAUUAAGUUGUUCUUUCAGAUCAAUUCAGUUUCUUAAUUCAUUUCCUUUAUUCAGAUACUUUACCUCUUCUCGUUCUAGCUUCACACAUUUUAGACACCUGAAGUAAACUUGCUUAAUUAGAAGUUAGAACAUUUAUUUGACCACAAACUCAGAAUCUAAGACAGAAUGCAUACUAAACCACUGUGUGCAAGGCAAAAAAUGAGAGAUUGAAAAUGCAGUUGGUCAAAGACAAUUUUAAUAUAGUAUGUAGGUAUAUGCAAUCAGUUUUCUACCCAAUAAUAGUAGACCAGUAAUGCUAAGAUGAAAUUCUCAAUAUGGCUUUACAUUUUGGAGUGUAUUUCAGUAAAAGGUAACGGGCUCUCAGAAAUAACAAUAACCUUACCUUCUUUUCCUUUCCGACAUUUAAUGGCUUAAGCAUACAGUCAUCAUAUAUAGUAGUCCAUUUAUAUAUAGACUAGUGGUUACAUUUAUCUUUGGUUUUAUUGUUAUGAUAAGCUUUCUGUUUUUUC